AUGGCCCUUGCUGUGACUCGUCCCUUGGAAAAAGGUUACGCCUGUGAUGAGCGCUAUUAUCCCGAGAGUUCGCUUGUGUUGGAACGUCUAGAACGCACGAUAACCAAGCCCACCGACGGUGCAGGGCCCGCGUUCCUGGUCCCAUUUCGUGGGGGCUGUCCCAUUCACACGUUGUCGUCGCAUAUCCCGUCCCAUUCACCUCCAUCCUCAGCGGUGUCUCAUCGCAAUCGCGGCGCCUUUAACGAUACCUACGACUUGAACGACCCUACACUUACGACCUUUCGACCGCAACGCCAGCAGCAGGCUGCUUCCCACGCCCUUCCUGACUCUACUCCUCAUCCGUCACUUCGACCCUCGAGCGCUUUGGGAAGUACUCGUUCGUUGCGGAGAACAUCUCGGCUUUUUCAACGACCCCCCUCGGUAGAUGUUUCCGGACGCCCGGCUCACAUAGAACAAUCUAUCCCUGUGUUGGUGCGACCCGUCUCCGAGCCUACAAGCGGACUUGCUGGAUUGCGUCCCGCACUCUCCGAGGCGCAAACUGAAGAAGACGACGAAGACGCCGACUCGGACCCUGAAUAUCACACUCAGCAAUCGGGCGGAUCAUAUUGGCCCCAUAGGACGACCCGAGUCUCCCCACGCACUGCGUCGGCCAUACUUUGGACAUUAGAGGAGGCAAUUCGCAAGCCAUUUCCAUUCACGCUAGAUCUGGAGGAAGUGAAUGCGUCCAUGUCUGACGUAGCAGGUCCCUCUGGUUCGACCGGCUUUGGAGCCAAUGGUCGUACCCAGAAUGGGUCCUCUCGGGCCCCUCAAGGCCCGGUCCCUGUUAACCCACACCCCCAAAGUGGUGUGCGGACGCCGACGGACAUCAUGAGACAGCGCCGGGAUCGAGAGGCUCGCAAGAAAGCGGAACAGGAGGCAAGGGACAAGCAGCAGGAUGAAUCGGAGCGCAGAGAGCAGGAGAACAAGGCCCCGGGCCAAGCUCAAAACUAUGCUGCUGGCGUUGCGGGUGAUCGAACUUCGCAACGAAGGGCGCAAAUCCCCGAGCGCUCUUCCACAACCACAAGACGACCAGACCCUCAAGCCACAGCGCAGGUAUCAGGAACGCAGGGUCGACCAACUACUUCGGCCGGCCCCAACCCAGCCCAACCGAUCCAGGCUGCCCCACCGAGCUCUGCAGGCCCAACCAAGCAGCCAAACCAGGGUUCCUCGGAUCCGCAAUCCCAGCAAUCUCGCCGCAUUCCAUUUCCCCAUGCGUUUGAACGAUGGGAAACGCUGUCGUCUCAUUGGGAAGGGUUGACUGGGUAUUGGAUUCGUAAGCUUGAACAGAACAAUGAAGGGCUGGAGCGUGACCCUCUCAAUCAGCAAAUGGCCCGCCAAGUGACCGAUCUCUCUGCCGCGGGCGCCAACCUUUUUCAUGCGGUGGUGGAGUUGCAGCGCCUGCGCGCCUCAUCUGAGCGCAAAUUCCAGCGUUGGUUCUUCGACACCCGUGCCGAGCAAGAACGGUCGAAGGAAAUGCUCGCAGAGCUGGAGCGACAAGUCCGAGCAGAAAGGCAAGCACGAGCCGAAGCCCUUGCCUCGGCGCAAAAGGCAGAGGGCGACAAGGUCCGCGCAGAAGAGCUGCUGAGAGAGAUGCGCCGCGAGCUGCAAAUCUCCAAGGAAGAGGCUCGCCGGGCUUGGGAAGAACUGGGCCGGCGGGAACAGGAAGAACGGGAUCGGACCAAUUCCCUGCGUAACGGGGAGCCCACCUUGGUGGGAGGAGUUCAAGUUGUACCCAUGAUCCCGGGCCCCCCUCAUCGGCAGAAUUCCAAUCGCCCACCGACUCGAGAUGGCCCAUAUGCGGGUGGUGAGAGCAUAGCACCGACCACAGGGGUGACCGAAAGCCAGUACUAUGCGGACACUCCUGCCUCCCCUACCGGGACCGACCCAUUCGUUGAAGGACAGAGACCUCUCCAGGAUCUGCCAGCAUCGACAUCUGCUGAACCCCAGAGGCAAUACCCUGGACAUUUCUAUGAGCAGGAGCCUGCCUACCCUGCUCGGCCAACGUCCGAGAAUGAUGACCGCUCGUAUGGCCCCAGCGUUGCCAGCAGUGAACAAGGCGAAGAGGACCUUGGCAGCAGUUACCGUCGCAACCCGCAAGGUCAUUCUACUGCAUAUCCACCGGCGAUGUCAGAAGGGAGCGACGACUAUGAGCAGGGAUCCGUGGAAGAGGGCGGAUACCCCCCGAGUACUCUGCCCGCAACAUCGGGGGCGUUGUACGGAGGCCAGAUCCCGUCCGUCGAUUAUAGUGGCUCAGGAUGGGGUGUAGGGACAGGUUGGGAGUCCAUGACCCCCCGCCAUCGCCAUCCGACACGUCUCAGCGAUGUGAUUGAGGAAGAGGAGCCACGGACAACUCCUAGCCGUGCCAGCUUAGCGAGUCGAAGUGUACAGUGA